AUGAGAUUGCUCUCUCUCUGGUUCUUGAAAGACUUUUCACUUUUCCCCAUAGCCAAAUCCAUAAGAAACACCCUGUUAGGUAUUGUUUUCGCAUUGUUUUCUCCAAGAAUGUCACCCAAGAAGAACAAGAAUUUUUAUAGUAAGGUGGAGAAUCAUGAAAUUACAUCAGAUAUGUCUGUGUUAGAUUUACCUGACCUUGUAUUGGAAUGCAUUCUUGAGAGGCUUCCAACAGAGGGGCUUUGUAGAAUGGCUAGUGUUUGUAGUUCUUUGAGAGAGAGGUGCAUAAGCGAUCAUCUAUGGGAAAAACAUAUGAAAAACAAAUGGGGUAGGAUUAUUAGCCCUGCUGCAUAUAGGGAAUGGCAGUGGCAUAUUGCUUCAAGAAAAGGUUCAAUCUUUUCUAAUCAAGGCAAACAGAGGGGGCUAAUGGGCUAUCUCACUCUCUUAUGGCCUACUGCACUGAUUAGAUCUAGUUUUGGUAAUAUUAGCAAGAAGAAGGAUUUUCCUCCAGUUGGUUCAAUCAUGUCUUGGUAUCUUGCUCUUGAGUCUGGCAACUUUUGGUUCCCUGCACAAGUAUAUAAUCGCGAGAAUGGUCAUGUUGGAUUUGUGUUAUCAUGCUAUGAUGCUGAGCUCAGCUAUGAUCGACGGACCGACACUUUCCAGGCCAGAUAUCCACCACAUGGAAGAAGAGCAAGUACAAUAGAGACUGGUGUGACAUGGGAUAGACUCAGAGCUCCCCCUGUUGAUACCUCUCCCCAUGAUCUUCAUAUUUCUGAUUGCUUGAACGAGUUGCGACCUGGUGAUCAUAUCGAAAUCCAAUGGAGAAGAAACAAAGAAUUUCCAUAUGGAUGGUGGUAUGGUGUUGUAGGCCACUUGGAAACAUGUGAUGGGAAUGCCAAUUACUGCCGCUGCCAUGAUAGUGACACUCUGGUGCUAGAGUUCAACCAGUAUACUCGUGGUUCGCGCUGGAGAACAAUGUCUAUUAACAGGAAAGACCAUCGAGAAGAAGGAAAUGAGGCAGAUGGAUUUUAUGGGGGAAUACGAAGACUUAAGAGCAACGAAGAGAUUUCCGUGUGGAAGAAACUCUGGCCAGCUGAAGUCUUGGAAUAA